GACGUGAACCAAUUUUCAUAGUAUUUGUGAUCAUUGUAGUAUUAAGUUUAUUUUGUUUUAUUGAAGUGAAUUGUAAUGAUCUUAAGCGAUUUUCAAAAUUUAGACGCACGAUGUCAAUAGAGGAGAACGCGUCAAAUUUUACAGCUGCGUCGUCUGUUGAGCAACGCCGCUUACGAAGCCUUGCGAAACAACGACGAAGGGUCUUGUUAGACUCGCUGAUCGCACUAAUGGGCAACAGUUCAAAAAUUCCGACCGUUGACUGGGGAACUAAUGUACUGAGGAGGAGAAACCCACCAUUAAAAUUUGGAGAAGCCUCUCAUCGGUAUUCUACAGCUAGUAACAGCUACGGCAACGUCAACAGCUACGGCAACGACAAUCGCAGGUAUACCUUACAAAAUGGAUACACGUCUCACCAUCAAUUGGUUCAAGCGGAAACUCAACAGGAACAAACGACUACUACUACUACAAUGAAACAAGAUGUUAAACAGUCAGAGCUGUUCAACGUUUACAGUAUAGGAGCUCAACUACGACAAUUAUUAAGGGGAGCAGAGUAUACAAAUGUCACUAUAAACCGUAUCGGGCGGUCUACCGAGUACAACGAAAUAAUUAUGCUUCAAGCAACUCAAUUACACAAUAGUGAAGACACGAAUUUUCGAACCGAACACAACAAAUUUGCCAAUGAUGUUCCUGAGAAGAAAAUCGUGUUCAUUGUCCACGGUUUAAGUGUUAUGGGAUUUAAAGAAGUACCUUGUUUGAUUGUAGUGAAAAAGUUUUUGUUACUCCUCAAGACUUAUUUUAAACAUUUGGACAAGUUUGAUAUUUAUCUUGUACCAAUGGCAAAUCCUGAUGGAGUGGCGUAUAGUUACCACUUUCCAUUGUGGAACAAGAACGUGUCGCCGCAAGACACAUGCCCAGGGGUGGCUCUGGACCGCAACUUCAAUGUCGCUUUCGGAAACUCGCUGUCGUUGCAGUCUUGCAGCCCACAGUAUCCCGGUGGUCGUCCUUUUUCUGAACCAGAGACACAAGCUAUUAGAGAUGUAUUUCAUGCUCAUGGUCACAAGAUGAUCGCGUAUAUUCAUGUGCACGCUGGAGGAUACCAUGAACAUAUUUACAAGGGUGAUGCUGUACUCUACCCGAAAGGAUUUACAGAAAUAGUAGGUGACGAUGACAAAUACAUAGAUUUGAAAGACGACAUCGAAGAAGCGAUGAAAAAUGCCAGCUUCAAGUCGGCGGCCUCUAUGGAUACUCUCUACAACUGGUAUGGAAAAGUGAAUGGCUCUAGUGUAGAUUAUGCUUCAGCGGUGUAUGGUAUACCUUAUGCGUUAGAGUUCGUAAUGCAGCUGUACGAAGUGGAUCCGUAUGCUUCGAAUUCGAACGAGACGAUAGCAACCGCAGCGCAAGACAUGAUCUGGCAUCGCCUCGUUGAUGUCGUAUUCAAUCACAUAUAUGAUGUAAAUGUGAAAUCUUUACGAAAUUUUAAUGAAUGAAAAAUAUAAUGCGAAGUCAGUGCAUCUUUACAUCUCGAAACACAUAUUGCCUAAGGUGAAGUGAGACCCAAAACAGACGUUUUCACGCAUUACGACUACACGGAAAUUUGGUUUUCGAUAUAGAAAAUACGAAUUAAACUUUUAACUGAUAAUGAAAAUAAAUGAUAACGGUAGUAUAUGUAAGUGAUAACGGUAGGUAAUUAUGGGGCCCGAAACACGAUUGAUUUAAACGUCACUCGAUAAAAAAUCGCGAAGUUCCGUUUUUAUUUAUUUGCUACAUUCAUCUACGAAAAAAUUUACGAAAGUUUCAUGCGAUUGUUACAAGUACAGAACAAUAAAUACAGUAGAAGUACGUGUGGCGACAGUUUGCAGAGUUCCGCAAACUGGAGCUCAGUCCGCCAUUUUCGUUUUGUACGUUAUGGUUGCAAAAAUGAUAGUCGCACUUAUAAUAUUAUCUAUAGUGCUGUUCCCUAUCAUUAUUAAAUCUUAGUUUAUUUAAUUUUCAUACAUUUUCAAUUUUCUGCCCUGCAAUAUGGUCGCUUCUUUUUUGAAGAACCAAGCAAACGAAUCCGUCGUCUUCGUUUAGCUAUUAACCGCUAGAUGACCGCAUAUUGAUUGAAAUUUCAAUGUAAAACCAAAACGUCGUAACUUGUAAUAAUAGGUAUAGAAAUUUCAACGAUAUGCCAACAGGGCUAAGUUUAAGUUAUAUUAUCUAUCUCGAUCUAUAUGUAAUAAAGAAUAUUUGCUAUUU